CAGUUCAUUGGUUCAGCUUGAAGAGUGGUUCACUCGCAGUUAGUCUGUGCGAUUGGACACAAUAAAGUGCAAUAUUUAUUACAAGUGCAAUAAUUAAGCGUGCAACAUGUCUUUGUCAAUUAUUAAAUAUCGCAAAUCAGCACAGGGCCUAGUGCCCAUAAAGCCAACUAUGGUAAUUCGACAAAAACUGGCGCCCCAGCAGCAACAACAAUUAAUCAAGAAGCUAACAGGCAAUCAUAGUAUUGCAUUCGGCAAAAUACCAGCCGGUGCCAUAAUUAAGCCAAUGAUGAAACGCGCUGCAAAUGUCACAGCCACAACAACAACUGCACCUUUGCAGAAAGUGCCCAAAUACGUCUUGAGCAGCAGCAGCAUUAACGGCACAACGUGGCAAGCAGCAAAUACAGUACUGCCAGCUAAAAGGGAAUUACUAGGUGAUGCUAUCAAUUCACUGCCAGCAAAUACAAUUAUAAAGGCAACCAGCCGUCAGCCACAAGCAGCAGCAGCAGCCAGCCAACAGUCUGCAGGACAUGCAAUUGCGCCAGCGCCAGCGCCUGCCGUAGCUUCAGUUGUGCGUCAAGCAGUGAUUCUCAAGCGGGACAUGCCACAGCGCACAAUGCGCAGCAUUACACUCAGCUCCAUUGAUGCCUGCUCUAUGCUGCACUUGGGCGUAGAAACUACGCACUUGCCGCUCUUCAAGCGACAUGUCUGCAAACACGCCAGCGUCACUUACUUGGACUGCUGCAUAACGUUAAGAAAGCUGCGACUUAACGAAUCCUUUGCUUUACUAGCGGAGUUCUUUGAGCUUAGCGAGUCAGAUGUGGAACAAACAUUUAAGCGCACGCUGGUGAAGCUGUCGCGUUGCCUGCGCCCGCUGAUACGCUGGGCAGAUGGCAAGCAUUUCUCAGAGCGACUAAAGCACAUGCCGCUGGCCUAUAGAGCGAAUCUAAUGCAUGUGCGUUCGCUUAUCGAAUGCGUAGAGACGGAUGUAAGUGCAACGCUAGACUUUGGCUGCGAUAGCUACAAAUUUAUACUGUGUCUUAAUACAAAUGGCAUUAUAAGUUACGUUUCGGAUGCCUUUCGUGGCGACUGUGACGAUCUGCAGCUGUUUGAGGCCAGCAACUUUAAGAAUAUAAUACCCAGCUAUCUAACACUUUGUGCUGAGCCUGGCAAAGGCAUUAAACAGACAAAGACAGCAGGUGCUGAGGAGGACGAUGAGGAGCCAGAGACAGCAGCAGCAGCCAAACCUGCAUUAAGCAAAUACAGCGCGCAGCGGCUCACCGCACAAAUGGCCAAUCAGCAAAGUUUAAAUGUUGUAGAUGGAGCGCUGAGUUCCAGUCGCGCCAAGAGCUUGCAGCUGCCUACUGUACGCAUUAACGAGCCUGCGUGCCGCGCUCAAAUGCGGCACAUGAUUGAUGCAUUGCGAGAGUUCAAGAUGCUGGAUCAUUGCGCCUUGCAGCAAACCAUGCCGUUGGGUUAUCUCAAUGAGAUGCUAAUUGUUGCCGCUGCGCUGUGCAAUUUACAGAGCCAAUAAGCUCUGUUGUAUAUAAGCGCACACCUGUUUUAAGGUGCUGCUAUAUUGUAUUAUAUAUAUAGAUAUUAAUUGACUAAAUGUACAACUUUUCUACACAAAUUGCUUGUGUGCGCAUUUUUUAAUUGCCAAAAUAACUUUCACGCGUCUGCUCCUGGCCUGUUAGCUAAUGUUAACUUGUUGCUGUCGUUUAUAACAUGUUUGUGU